AUGGUCGUGAGUGACAUGUUAGCCGGUGGUGGUGAUGAUGGGACCUUGGGCAAUCUCACUAGGCCCUCCGUUAACCCUAAUACACUGGACUCGCACAUCGCCGCUGUUCUUCUCUAUGGUGAUCCCCGCCACAUGCCUAAACAGACAUACAAUGUUGGAGAUGUCACCGCAACUGGUAAAUACCCCCGUACUGCUGCGCAGCUUACGGCUUUGUCGAAAUAUGCCAACAGGGUCCAUGACUACUGUGAUAACAAAGACGGUGUUUGCGAUGCCGCCGGAACGAACCUCUCAGCCCAUAUAGCUUAUGUCACCAUUUGGAAUAAGACUGCGGCUACUGGGUUGUGGACAUGUUGCAGCACCUGGGCAUGA